CCUUUCCCAUUGCACCACACAUGAACACCCGCCAACGACCCACCCAUUGAUUGAUCUUGAUCUGCCCGCCAUGAGGCUUCCAUCUCGACUCGUCCUGCCCCUCCUUGCGCUCGCUGCUCCCAUCCUCGCCGCAACGUCGUGGAGCUUCGAAGAUGCUACGUUGACAAUCCAGGGUAAGGGAUCGGGGGUUGGUGGAGGGGCGAAGGAGAAACUCUCUUCCUCUACUCUUACCUCCCAGCCAUUCGCGCUCAAUGGUGCCGAAUCCCUUAAAAUCGUCCUCACGACAACGGAGGGCAAGAGCGGGAAGCGACCACAUCAGGCCUUUCUCACUCUCCACGAGCAAGCCACUGGACUAGAAGAAUCGUUUGCAUUCAGCGUCAAAGAUAACGGCAAGGCAAAGCUCGAUCUUUCACAAAAGGACCUGCCUCACCAGUUCUUGACAAGUUCUCAGCCCAUCAAGGCCUCGAUUGUCCUUGCAUCAUUUGGAUCGUCCACUCCACUCAACCACCACACCUUCGACCUCACCAUUGGUAGCGACUCCGCCACCCCUCCCUCAAUCCCCUCGCCCCCUGAGCGAUACACGAGCAAGCCCGAAAUCCACCACAUCUUCCGUGCGGAUCCGCGCUCGCCUCCGAAAGUCCUCAGCCUCUUCUUCACGCUUGCCGUGCUCGCAGCCCUUCCUGUGCUGCUCGGAGCGUGGCUGUAUCUUGGUGGAAAUAUCGAUCACGUUGGUAAGGCGUUUGGAGCCAACCCAUUAGCACAUGGCUUGUUCUUUGGGAGCAUAUUGGCGAUGGAGGGCGUCUUCUUCUUGUACUAUACCACCUGGAACUUGUUCCAGACGCUGCCUGUUGCGGCAGUGGUCGGCACGGUCGCGUUUGUGAGUGGCAGCCGCGCUCUGACCGAGGUGCAGGAAAGGAGACUCGCUGGUGAAAGAUAGACGCGAGGAUGAUCUGCCCGACGUUCCAUAGAUCUGCUUGUGUCUGUAUCAGUAAGAUAGAUUUACGCCUUGGCAGGGCUAUCCCUCACAACCUCAAGCUGAUCUCGAGGCCACAACCACGACUUUUGGCAUCGAAGAGGGAACAAUUUGAAUCUCGACCUCAUCUCGUCCGC